AAUAUUCCUUUAACAAAAUGAAAGAGAUUUCACUGCAUGUUUGUUUAACAUCAAGUUAACUUAAUAAAUAACCCUGUCGUUCAUUUUACUAAAUAAGUAAUCUGGUUAUACUGAAAGUCCGUAAAUAUUUCUACUUUCAGUUUGUAAAGAUUUAAGGUCAACUCCGCCUACCUACGUAACGCUUGGAAACAUGUCAACAAACACAGGUAAAGUUAUUAAAACCAACUUGACUGAAUUGAUUGGAAGAAAAAAGAAACAAAAAGCAGUAAAAAGAGAACCUAGUGAUGGUCAAAUAGUUACCUCCAUUGCUAUUCCAAGUGUACCAAACAACAAUCCAGAUACCAACUUAAGUGGUUUAAACAUUGUAUCAACAGGUAAAGGGGAAAAGAAUAAGUCAGAUACUGAUUUACAUUGUAUAAAGACAGCACCUUCAAAGAAAUCACCAAGAAGAUUUAGUGAGGGACGUGAAGUAGACCAUCAAGUUUUACGUAGUCCCAGUCGCCUAGGUUACAGUGAAGAUAUUCCGAUUAUUAGAGAAGGUCAAUGGGAAAACACAUCACAAGAUUCUAAUAGAGAAGAUUUCCAGUUUCUAGAUUUAAAUGAUAUAACCGGGGAUCAGGAACAAGACCCUCAAGUUAAAGAAACAGAUAUAGAAACAAAAGAUAGCGGACAACAAACAGAUUUCCCUGUAACUCCCACCACCCCUGUUAUUCCAUCUUCACAACGCACUGAACCACGUAGUUCUCAUUUUGUUUCAUCCCAUAAAUAUUUACUAGAAAAAGGAAGUUCACCUAAACAUCCAUAUGAAAAAACAGUGUUCUUUGUACAAUCUUCUCCAAACAGUGAGUUAAAAAAGACUGCAACUACUAGAGUUAAAUCUGCUGUGGGUCAUUCUAAGACGUCUGCAGAUUAUAAUAGAAGUGUAAAUGUAACUCCUUCCACAAGAGUUGACUCUGGUUACAGCAGUCGACCAGAAACAAUUAGGAUACAGUCAUCACCCGGGAAAUCAAGUGUACAGCUAUAUUCGGAUCGUACCUCUACCGCACCAACGUCAAGGUUCACGUCGCCUGGAAGACAAAUCACUUCCAGCUCUAACAACAAAAACGUUACUUAUGAUUCAAAUCGUGUAAACUUUGACGAUAAGGUUGAAGCGAAAUCACCAAUCAUGAGUUUUUACAGCACUGAUAUAAUUUCACCGAUGUCGUCGGCAAGGAAACAGGAGAAAGAAGAUCUCCAAAUGUUGAACGAUAGGUUCUCUACAUAUAUACAGAAAGUGCGUCUGUUAAGUGAGCAGAAUAAUAGGAUUGAUGCAAGUACGUUUGUGAAGCAGACGAGAAUAUUAGAGGAGGAAGUGGCAAACCUGAAAACACUUUAUGAAAGGGAACUGGACGCCAUGAGACAGGAGUUGAAUGCUAUUAACAGAGAAAAGAGCAAUUACCAGUUACAAUGCGAGAAAAACAAACAAGCUGCCAUUGAUUUUGAAAGCAGGAUGGCAGUAGAGACAGAUAAGAACCGUCGCCUCAUGGAUGAUAUGAAUCAGUUGCAGCAGAAGAACAACAAUUUGGAGGCGGAGCUUAUGAAUAUGAGGCAGGCAGGAGAUGGGCGGUCUGAUUUCAUGCAUCUGCAGCGAGAAAUGGAUAAAAUCAUUCGAGAAAAUGAAGACCAUAAGAGAAGACAGGAACAAGAAUCUCUUCUACGCACCGAGGCUGAGGACCGAUGUCACACCUUGACGAAAAAGCUAGAGUUUAACGAACAAGUUCAUGCUCAACAGCUUGCCGAGCUCCGCGAGCGACUGGAACAGAACCAAGCACUCGUUAUCAGUCUUGAAUCCCGCCUCUCCCAGGCAACAAAGAACGAUAUUGCCAUACCAGAAGUGCUGAAGCAAGUGCGAGAGCAGGCUGAACAUGAACUUAAAAAAUACCAGGUUGAGUCUGAAGAAAAUUACACAAGAAAUAUAUCAGCAUUAAAAUGUCAAAUGGACAAUGAUGCUCAUAGAAUAGAACUAUUAUCUAGCGAGAAAUCUCAGCUUCAGGGACAGAUAGGGGAACUCACUGCUAAAAUCAGGAAUCUUGAGGGACAGAUAUUGACUUUGGAACAUCAAAGGUCAACAGUUGAGGAUCUCAUCAAACAAGAACGUGAUCGAUUUUCAAGUCAGCUUCAGGAGAUGAAUUUGAAACUCCGGGACAUGCAGGAGCUUGUUUUCACAAAGAUGCGUGAGGCUAGUAACGAACGAGAUGUACAUAUCCCCCUGAAAGCCGAGAUUGAAGCCAUGAAGAUUUUAAUGGAGGAGGAAGAAAGAAGAUUACAGCUCCCUCUUACAGCAACUCAUCCUCACCCAUCAACCUAUACCACCGGAGUCCCGCUGACCCUUCCAGCUGUCUCUGCCACUGUCACCCAGGCCCAGGCCCAGCCAGAAUAUGUUGCUUCACCAACUCAGCUUAGCACUGCCACGGAACAGAAUGCAGCAUUUACUACCCAAGGGUCUGCAUAUACUCAGCAGUAUGGAGAGCAGCAUACACAAUUUUAUGACCAUCAGACAUCACAAGGUCAAGGUUAUGGUGAGCAGACGUCACAAGGGGAAUCACUCUUCACUCAUAUACCCCUGUCAUGCUCCACUGAUCCAGGGGCCACAGAUUAUAUAGGUUCAACAAAGUAUACAUAUGAGACAACUCCGAGCUUGAACCGUUUACAUAUCGACUCACCACCAAGAAAUUCUCCUAGGGCUAUUGGUCCUAUUACAAGAGCAAAAUCUGCUCCAGUGAGACCAGGGUCAUCUGUUCAAGUUGUUCCAACAAAGUUAGGCCAGGGGAAGGACUACUUCGAUGAAAUGUUUAAAGACCUCACCAGAGAAACACUGUACACACAAACACGCCCAAAAAGUAGUCCCAUGGAACGACCUCCGAGUGCAAAACAGCGGGAGCGCCCAUCUAGCAGAUCUGAAUUUUUGGAGAUGGUAACAGAGUCACAACCUAUACCUGAGAUGACAAAGCAAGAGAGACCGAGGAGUGCUGCCUCUGACCAUGUAGACCGUGUGCUUGAGCCUCGUCAGGCAGACCGGCCACAGAGUUCAGUGUUCCAUGACUACACAACUGCAACUUCCAGAAAAAUGAAUGGCUCCUCUGGACAAGUUUGCAGUGCUGUGGGAGAUAUCAAGAUCCUGGAAGUUAAUCAAGAUGGAAAAUUUAUCCGACUCUUCAAUGAUGGAAAACAGGAAAUUGAGUUUGGCGGGUACAUGAUUCAACAGAAUGUUGGUGGCCAUCCUGUGGCAGUUUUCCGGUUCCCACCAAGAACAAAAUUUGCUGACGAGUCUACUAUCACCAUCUGGUCUGGUUCCCAGGAUCCAAAAGAGCACCAGCCUCCUAAAGACUUUGUUUGGAAGGAACAGCAGAAAUGGGGAACCGGCCCUGAAUGUACCACCAUUUUAUGUAAACCAAAUGGACAAGCCAUAGCAUGGAUGACAGCAGCUCAUAGAUUUACAAAGAACCUUUAUGAGGAAAGUUUAAGAAGUUCCACAACUGAACAUACUCCUAUACCAGACACUGGUGUACCAACAACUACAGGUCAAGAUGAGGUGCUAACAGAAAUGAAUGUUAACUUGAACGAACCAAAACAAGAACCUGUUUACUUAAGAAGAGAGAAGCAGUCUCCGCCCUCAUUGAAUGCACAGAAACAUCCUCAUGGUACAAGCCCCAGCAAAGAAACACACCCACAUACUGGUCAGCCACGCCCCUUCACAUAUGGUAAUGAUAAUAGCAGUGUAAACAGACAGUCCAGGGUACAGUCUACAAGGCCAGACCCCAUACCAGGUCAACCAUAUGCUGGUGGUUCAGCAACAAGAAUAGGCAGUGCACCUCUUAGAAAAUACCAUGGCACAGCAAAUACUGGUAACAUUAGAGGAAGUGGAGCAAUAGCCAAUCGCAGUGCCAGACAAAAUAGUUUCCUGUCCUAUCUGGAACCUGGUAUGACAUCUGAGCCACCUAACCCCUUUCAGACCCCUCAUCGAAGGUUUGAGAAGGGGAUGGAACAGUUACAGUCACAACAUCAUGUUAGUUUCAACCCACCCAUGCCACGCCCUCCAUUGUUCUCAACCUGGUAACCAUGACAACAAAGACAUGUACAUAAAUAGACUCAUGUUAAAAAAACUGUAAAAAAAUAUUAAAAUGUGGGUAUUAAAUUUCGUGGAUUUUGUCUAUAAUUGAACUAUUACAUAGAAAUUGACAUAUUUAUUCCAUCAUUUACUUUGAAAAACUAAGAAUAGGAUUUCUACUUACCAUUUGAUUUGAUUUUGUACCAAAAGAUAAAAACAAAAUCCACAAAAUUUAAUCACCCACUUAUGAGAAUUGAAAUUUCAGUGUACCACUGCAGCAGAUUUAUUGCUCAGAAAUAUGGGGAUUUCACUAGUCACAAAAAUAUUCUUAUUUUCAUCAUGGUGUAGCAAAUUUAUUUUGCUUUAACAUGGAGAUAUUAAGGAUUUAAAUUCACUGUUUCACAAAAUGAAUGUUUGGAUGAUGUUUUUACUUUAUCCUCUGUUUGAACAUAUAUCUGUAUCAGUUUUUGGCUUUACUAAAGCACAAGAUAUUGAAAUGGAGAAAAAGCUUUUUGCCACUGUAUUGUAUAACAGCACAUGCAAUGAAAAAAAUUGUUUUGUUUAGAUUUUUAUUUUACAAACAUCACAAUAAUUUACCUUUAAUGGAAUGUGAAGCCAUAUGCACUUUAUUUAAAUGUUUAGAAAAAAUUUAAUUAACCUAAAUUUGAUAAUUUUUAAAAUCAUAAUGAAUGUGUCAGUGAUAAAAAGGUUACACAGGUCAAGGUCAUGUUACCAGGGGAGACCAUCAUGUAGAGAUAAUUUCACAUAGACCAGGAUUUGUGCAUUUAUUCUGUGUAUUCAGAUUUAUUUUUUCUUUGCUGUAGAAUUUUGUUAAUUGUUUGUAUUUUUACAAGUACAUUCUAUGUUUACUUAUUUAUUUACAUGGAAACGUUACCAUAUUACAAUUCAAUGUGACCUUUCUCAAAGGUCAUGCUUCUUAAAUAGUUAUGACCUUGAUUUAUUCAAAGGUCAAGGGUUAAACACUACAAUAAGGUAUAACUAGAAAGGUAUUCAACAUCCAGCAAAAAUUUUCUUCUCUCAAAAUAUAAUUUCUGAUAGACCCUGUUUUUUUAUGUGUUAACAGAAAGGUAAUGUUGAACUUGUCAGUACCUCUGCUUGUCAAUGAAAAAAUGAAAGUUUGUUGUUGUGUUGUUGUUGUUUUUCUUUUUAUAAAAGAUAUUUCUUGUAAUUUAACUGUUGAAUUACAAAAGCAUAUUGAUUUGUUGCAAAAAUGUUUGAAUUUAGUGUCAUGACAGUUUCUUUUUGUUUUGUUUGUUGUUUACAAAUUGACAAUUCUGCUGCAGUUUAAGAUGUCUACAUGUAUAUAAAUUAAAAUUUGUAAUGUAUAUUAAGACUCAUUUCAUAUAGAAUUAGAUAUGUAAACAAAAAAAAUCUAUGCAAUACCCUAUUUUUAAAUAGUAAGAAACAAGAAAAGCAUUAUGUACCAUUUAUUGAAUCAAAAUUACACAAAAUAAAAGGAAAUGUUAAAGCAUAGUACCAUGUACGAAUGUAAAGUUCUUUAUAAUUUUGUGUAUAUUAAUUAUAAUUUAUAUAAAAUAAGGUAAUUUCAACUUUCGAUGAAACAAAAUUUUAAAUGUCACCUAGAAUCUAGGGUAAAGAGAUUUUGUAGUGAGGAGGCAAAGUGGCAAAACAAAAUAAAAAACAAAAUGCUUGAAAUAUCAUAAGCUUGAAUAACAACUUUUUGAAAUAAUUUAAAUUCUAUUUUCAACUCUGUGAUACUUACAUUCAUGUUUAAUAGGGCUAUUUGGUCUUAUUUAUUUAUUUUUGAUGACCAAUAAAGUAUUACAAUUUGAAUGGCCUAUAUGUUGUGAGUUUUGAAUAUAUUAGUGCUUCUUAUUGGUGUUAACUGCAACUGCGGCCAAAUUACUUACAUUAUUUAGAAAAUAGUUCCAAAAGUUGAUGCUGUGUAUUAUUUUGCUCCGUCCAAAAGUAGGUCCUUUGUGUUUUUUGUUGCUUUUGAGAUUUAGAAGGCAUAAAGAAGCUGAUUUCUGUGAUACAUAUAUAUUAUAUAUAUUUUGUUUGUUUAAUAUUUCAUUGAUUCUGUUAGUAGAAACUAUUAAAGGUAUGCUUUUUGUUUCUAUAAUGUUAUCAUAUAUCAUUAUUAUUUCAUUGAUUAUUAUAGGUAGGACAUUUAACUUAAUUUUUGCCAACAUCGUAUAUUAUUUUAUGUGUUAUUUUCUUUUUUCAAGGCUUUUUUAAUUAACUCUAUUUAAACUCUAUUUUAGUAGUUGCAUUGUUUUAUAAUUUUAAAUUAUAUAUAUUUUAUGUUAGUUGAAUUUUUUUUAAGUUUGGCGUAAUUUUAGAUUUUUGGAUAUUUCAUCGUUCAAGAUUGUUUUUUUGUUUACUCCGUCUAUAAUCGGGGAAAUACGGGGAAAUACAAUACAGUCAUGAAAAAGAACCUUAGAUGGUAAGUCUCAUACAUAUUAAUUGAUAAGAAAGUUGUUGUUUUGAACAACGUAUUUGUUUAUCAUUUCGGUAAUUAUUGUUAGAAAGAGUUUUACAUAUAAUUCAGGUACUGAACUCGUUUCUUGUUGUAAUAAAGCAACUCUGUAUAUGAAAAAAAUUCAAACUGUCACACAAACUUACUUUCCAGCAACAUUAUUGUAUGAAUGAUUGUUUUCAUCAAUGCUUUAAUAUGUAGACAAAAAGAUUUUUACUAUUUAUUUAAUGUUAUCCAUGCAGUAGGAUUUUAAAAUUAUUAUAUUACAACUUCAAUUACUAUUUUUCCAAUAAAACAGUCUUACUCAA